GCAAGCAUCUCUCAAAGUCUCUUGAAAGAGAGACCCCAACUACUAUAGAAAACAACCGCGAAAUUCUUGUGUCUGAAGCCAACGAGAUCAACAAAAUCACUCUCUCUCUCUCUCUUUCUCUGCACGACAAAACCGAAUCAAAAUCAAAACCUCCGAUGCACAAUCGAUAGAACGAAACCCUCCGAUAACAAUGGCGUCGUCUCCGGAAUCGAUUUUUCUGGAAGACUUCGGGCAGACGGUUGAUCUGACGCGGCGCAUCCGCGAGGUUCUGCUGAACUACCCGGAGGGAACCACCGUCCUGAAAGAGCUCAUACAGAACGCCGACGACGCCGGCGCCACCACCGUCUCGCUCUGCCUCGACCGCCGCUCUCACGCCGCCGGCUCACUUCUCUCCGAUUCCCUCGCGCAGUGGCAGGGGCCCGCGCUGCUCGCCUUCAACGACGCCGUCUUCACCGAGGAGGAUUUCGUCAGCAUCUCCAAGAUCGGCGGGAGCACCAAGCACGGUCAGGCCUCCAAGACCGGUCGCUUCGGGGUUGGCUUCAACUCAGUGUACCAUUUGACAGAUCUUCCCUCUUUUGUGAGUGGCAAAUAUGUUGUAUUGUUUGACCCUCAGGGUGUUUAUCUUCCAAGAGUUUCUGCAGCAAAUCCUGGGAAGCGGAUUGAUUUCACUGGUUCAUCUGCCCUCUCCUUCUACAGGGAUCAGUUUUCCCCAUAUUGUGCUUUUGGUUGUGACAUGCAAAGUCCUUUUUCUGGGACUUUGUUCCGUUUUCCUUUAAGGAAUGCUUAUCAGGCAGCCACAAGUAAGCUCUCAAGGCAAGCAUAUUCACCAGAAGAUAUUUCCUCCAUGUUUGUUCAGCUCUACGAAGAAGGGGUUUUGACGCUUCUCUUUCUAAAGAGUGUGCUGUGUAUUGAAAUGUAUUUGUGGGAUGCUGGAGAACCUGAACCAAAGAAAAUUCAUUCAUGUUCUGUCAGUUCAGUAACCGAUGAUACAGUUUGGCAUCGACAGGCGCUGCUCAGAUUGUCUAAGAGUUUAAAUACCACUGCUGAAGUGGAUGCAUUUCCAUUGGACUUCUUAAUAGAGAGAAUAAAUGGAGAUGAAUCUGAAAGGCAAAAAGAGAGAUUUUAUGUGGUGCAAACCAUGGCCUCAGCAUCUAGUAGGAUUGGUUCUUUUGCUUCUUCUGCAUCAAAAGAAUAUGACAUUCACUUGCUGCCGUGGGCAUCAAUUGCGGCAUGCAUUUCUGAUAAUUCUCAGAAUAAUAAUAUUCUUAGGACUGGUCAGGCAUUCUGUUUUCUUCCAUUACCUGUCAGAACUGGCCUUAGUGUACAAGUCAAUGGAUUCUUUGAGGUCUCAUCAAAUCGUCGUGGCAUCUGGUAUGGGGAUGACAUGGACAGAAGUGGAAAAGUUCGUUCUACCUGGAAUAGGCUUCUUCUGGAAGAUCUUGUAGCUCCAGCUUUUAUGCAUAUGCUACUUGGUAUAAAAGAAUUGCUAGGGCCAACAAACAUUUACUAUUCUUUAUGGCCUAUUGGUUCUUUUGAAGAGCCAUGGAAUACUUUGGUUCAACAAAUAUACAAAAACAUUGGUAAUGCUCCAGUUAUGUAUUCAAAUUUCAAUGGAGGAAGAUGGGUAUCACCAAGUGAAGCCUUUCUUCAUGAUGAAAAAUUCACCAAAAGUAAAGACCUCGGUUUGGCUCUGAUGCAACUGGGAAUGCCAGUUGUGCAUUUGCCUAAUUCAUUGUUUGACAUGCUUUUACAAUAUAGUUCCAGCAAGGUGGUUACUUCUGGUACAGUACGUCAAUUUCUUAGGGAAUGUGAAACGUUUAAUUAUUUGAGCAGACAAUACAAGCUUCUAUUGCUGGAAUAUUGCCUAGAGGACUUGGUUGAUGAUGACGUUGGUAAAGAGGCUUAUGAUCUACCUUUACUUCCUUUAGCAAAUGGCAAUUUUGCAUCUUUUUCAGAAGCAUCAAAAGGAGUCUCUUGUUUCAUUUGUGAUGAAUUAGAAUAUAAGCUGAUGCGGCCAGUUUCUGAUAGAGUAAUUGAUCAGAACAUUCCUCUCAAUAUAUUGAGCAGACUCUCUGGUAUUGCGAUGUCCUCAAAGACCAAUGUUAUUCUUUGUAAUAUUCACCAUUUUGCUCAGCUAUUCCCUGCAUUUUUCCCAGCUGACUGGAAAUAUAGAAGUAAAGUGUUCUGGGAUCCUGAAUCUUGUCAAAAGCCAACAUCAUCAUGGUUUCUGUUAUUCUGGCAAUAUCUUGGAAAGCAGACUGAAAUAUUACCACUAUUUUGUGAUUGGCCAAUUUUUCCUUCCACAUCUGGGCAUCUGUUAAGACCUUCCAGACAAUUGAAAAUGAUCAAUGGAAGCAAUCUCUCUGAUACAGUACAGGAUAUCCUUGUAAAAGUUGGAUGUAAUAUAUUGAAUCCAAAAUAUGUAGUUGAACAUCCGGAUAUAUCUAAUUAUGUUCGUGAUGGCAGUGCAGGUGGUGUUUUGGAAUCAAUAUUUAAUGCAGUUUCAGGUCCUGAUGUUAUGCAUGCUUCAUUUGAUAGUCUAGUAACUGAAGAACGGAAUGAGCUCCGGAGAUUUCUUCUUGACCCUAAAUGGUAUGUUGGACGCUCUAUGGAUGAAUUUAGCAUAAGGUUUUGCAAGAGAUUACCUAUAUUUCGGGUCUAUGGUAGAGACUCUGCUCAAGAUUACCAAUUCUCUGACUUAGAAAAUCCUCGAAAGUACUUACCACCAUUGGAUGUGCCGGAGAUUAUUCUGGUGGGCAUUGAGUUCAUGGUGAAAUCCUCAAAUAUAGAAGGGGAUGUUUUGUCAAGAUAUUAUGGAGUUGAGAGAAUGGGAAAAGCACAGUUUUACCAGCAACAUGUUUUUAAUAGAGUUGGUGAUUUGCAAGCUGAUGUUCGUGAUAGCAUAAUGUUAUCAGUUCUACAAAAUUUGCCACUUUUGUCUCUUGAAGACAUAUCUAUCAGGGACUCGUUGAGAAAUUUGAAAUUCAUCCCGACGCUCACUGGUGCUCUUAAGUGUCCUUCAGUUUUAUAUGAUCCUAGUAAUGAAGAACUAUAUGCAUUACUAGAAGAUUCAGAUAGUUUUCCUGCUGGUGCUUUUCGAGAAUCUGAAAUACUUAAUAUUCUGCAAGGCCUGGGACUUAGAACUUCUGUCUCUCCCGACACUGUUUUAGAAUGUGCUCGAUGCAUAGAGCGUUUGAUGCGUGAGGAUCAACAAAAGGCAUAUUUAAGAGGGAGAGUGCUUUUCUCUUACCUUGAAGCUAAUGCAUUGAAGUGGCUUCCUGACCAAGUUAUGGAUAAUAAAGGAGCAGUUAACCGAAUGAUGUCACGAGCGACGACUGCUUUUAGGUCUUGCAACUCAAAAUCUGAUCUUGAAAAAUUCUGGAAUGACCUACGGCUGGUUUCCUGGUGCCCAGUUUUAGUCUCUACUCCUUUUCAGUCAUUACCAUGGCCAGUGGUGUCAUCAAUGGUUGCUCCUCCAAAACUUGUAAGGCCACCGAAGGAUUUGUGGCUUGUCUCAGCUAGCAUGCGGAUACUGGAUGGUGAAUGCUCUUCUACAGCCUUAUUGUAUGGCCUGGGAUGGAUGUCUCCACCAGGAGGAGGUGUAAUUGCUGCACAGUUACUGGAGCUUGGAAAAAACAAUGAGAUUGUGUCUGAUCAAGUUCUUAGGCAGGAAUUAGCCUUGGCAAUGCCAAGGAUAUACUCAAUACUGACUGGAAUGAUAGCUUCAGAUGAGAUUGAGAUUGUAAAAGCUGUUCUUGAAGGAUGUCGUUGGAUUUGGGUGGGGGAUGGAUUUGCAACUUCUGAUGAGGUUGUACUUGAUGGCCCUCUUCAUUUGGCUCCAUACAUCCGUGUUAUCCCAGUUGACUUGGCAGUUUUUAAAAAAAUGUUUCUAGAACUUGGUAUCCGUGAAUUCUUGCAACCUGCUGAUUAUGCUAAUAUUCUUUGUAGGAUGGCAGUUAGAAAAGGAUCAUCCCCUCUUGACACACAGGAGAUUAGGGCUGUCACGCUAAUAGUGCAUCAUCUAGCUGAAGUUUACCAUCAUGAACAUAAAGUCCAGCUCUAUCUGCCAGAUGUGUCAGGUAGAUUAUUUCUUGCUGGUGACUUGGUUUAUAAUGAUGCCCCCUGGUUGCUGGGAUCAGAUGAUCCUAAAGGCUCAUUUGGCAAUGCACCAACUGUGGCUUUGAAUGCAAAAAGAACAGUUCAAAAAUUUGUGCACGGAAACAUUUCUAAUGAUGUAGCAGAAAAGCUGGGAGUCUGUUCUCUUCGCCGGAUGUUGCUGGCUGAGAGUUCAGAUUCAAUGAAUUUUAGCCUUUCUGGAGCUGCUGAGGCUUUUGGACAGCACGAGGCUUUGACUACAAGGCUUAAGCAUAUACUUGAAAUGUAUGCUGAUGGACCUGGUUCUCUAUUUGAGAUGGUACAAAAUGCAGAAGAUGCAGGAGCUUCUGAAGUAAUAUUUCUCUUGGAUAAAUCUCACUAUGGGACUUCUUCUAUUCUUUCUCCUGAAAUGGCUGAUUGGCAAGGUCCUGCUCUGUACUGUUACAAUGACUCAGUUUUUAGUCCCCAAGAUCUUUAUGCAAUUUCUCGUAUUGGUCAAGAAAGUAAACUUGAGAAGGCUUUUGCAAUUGGAAGAUUUGGAUUAGGAUUUAAUUGCGUCUAUCACUUUACAGACAUCCCUAUGUUUGUUUCUGGAGAAAAUGUUGUAAUGUUUGACCCUCAUGCCAGUAAUUUGCCUGGGAUUUCUCCUUCACACCCUGGUUUACGAAUUAAGUUUGUGGGACGACAGAUUUUGGAGCAAUUUCCUGACCAAUUUUCUCCAUUGCUACAUUUUGGCUGUGAUUUGCAACACCCUUUUCCCGGUACGCUAUUCCGAUUCCCUCUUAGAACUGCAGGUGUUGCCUCCCGGAGCCAAAUUAAAAAGGAAGCCUAUACACCUGAAGAUGUCAGAUCUCUCUUUGCUGCUUUUUCUGAGGUUGUUUCUGAAACAUUACUUUUCCUGCGUAAUGUGAAAUCUAUCUCUAUUUUUGUGAAGGAAGGAACAGGGCAUGAAAUGCACCUACUGCACUGUGUGCGUAGAACCUGUAUUGGUGAGCCUGAAUUUGGAUCCACUGAAGCCCAGGAUGUGUUCAAUUUUUUCAAAGAAAGUAGACAUGUCGGAAUGAAUAGAGUUCAGUUUCUGAAGAAACUAAGCCUAUCCAUUGGCAGAGAUUUGCCUUAUAAAUGCCAGAAGAUGCUAAUUACAGAGCAAAGCACAUCUAGCUGUAAUUCACACUAUUGGAUAACCACAGAAUGUUUAGGUGAUGGGAAUGCUCAAAAGAGAACAUCUGAAACAGCCAAUAGUAACUGUUACAAUUUUGUUCCUUGGGCAUGUGUUGCUGCAUAUUUGAAUUCUGUCAAGCUUGAUGGGGACCUGGUUGAAAGUUCAGAGUUGGAGGAUGAUUGCAUGGUUUCUCCUGAUCUGUUUAAAAGUGUUAGUUUGCCUACACAUCCACUGGAAAAUUUUGAUGGUCGUGCAUUCUGCUUUUUACCUUUACCAAUCAGUACUGGUCUUCCUGCUCAUAUAAAUGCGUACUUCGAAUUAUCAUCAAAUCGCAGGGAUAUCUGGUUUGGUUCUGAUAUGGCUGGAGGUGGAAGAAAACGCUCAGACUGGAAUAUUUAUCUCCUUGAAACUGUUGUUGCCCCUGCAUAUGGUCAUUUGCUUGAGAAGAUAGCAUCAGAGAUUGGCCCUUGCAAUUUGUUCUUCUCAUUAUGGCCAAAAUCAUUAGGGUCAGAACCUUGGGCAUCAGCAGUACGGAAACUCUAUCAAUUUGUUGCUGAAUUUAAUUUCCGUGUAUUAUAUACGGAAGCUAGAGGAGGUCAGUGGAUUUCAACCAAACAUGCUAUAUUUCCCGAUUUUACUUUUCCCAAGGCAGCUGAGCUUAUAAAAGCAUUGUCCGGGGCUUCUCUACCAGUCAUUACACUUCCACAGUCACUUUUAGAAAGGUUUAUGGAAAUCUGUCCAUCAUUGCAUUUUCUGACACCUAAGUUGUUAAGGACUUUGUUAAUCAGGAGGAAGCGUGAAUUCAAGGACAGAGAUGCAAUGAUUCUGACUCUUGAAUAUUGCUUACAUGACUUGCAAGAAUCCAUGCAGUUUGAUACCCUAUGUGGCUUGCCUUUGUUACCAGUUGCAGAUGGUUCCUUUACAUCUGUUGAUAUGAAGGGAGUUGGAGAAAGAGUUUACAUUGCACGAGGUGAUGAAUAUGGUCUUCUGAAAGAUUCCAUUCCUCAUCAACUUGUUGAUUGUGCUAUUCCAGAAGAAGUUCAUAGAAAACUAUGUUACAUUGCUCAAACAGAUGGUACGAACAUUUCUUUCUUGUCAUGCCAGUUGCUUGAGAAACUUCUUGUGAAAUUACUUCCUGUAGAGUGGCAACAUGCUCGACAAGUAAGUUGGACUCCUGGUAUUCAUGGCCAACCAAGUGUAGAAUGGUUGCAACUACUGUGGAACUAUCUGAAAUCAUAUUGUGAUGAUCUUUUGAUCUUUUCUAAGUGGCCUAUAUUGCCUGUUGGUGAUGACUGCCUGAUGCAGUUAACACAAAAUUUGAAUGUGAUAAGGAAUGAUGGAUGGAGUGAGAAGAUGUCUUCUUUGUUAUUGAAGGUUGGAUGCUUAUUCUUGAGACAUGACCUGUUAUUAGAUCACCCUAAAUUGGAAUACUUUGUGCAGUCGGCAACAGCAAGAGGUGCAUUAAAUGUGUUUCUGGCUAUUGCUGGGAAACCACAGAAGAUUGAGGGGAUCUUAACAGACGUAUCUGAAGGGGAGCUUCAUGAACUCAGAAGUUUUAUUCUCCAGUCAAAAUGGUUCUCUGAAGAGCAAAUUGAUGACAAACAUAUUGAAAUCAUCAAACAGCUUCCAAUAUUUGAGUCGUACAAAAGCAGAAAACUAGUAAGUUUGAGUAAUCCUAUUAAAUGGCUUGGUCCUACUGGUGUUUGUGAAGAUCUUUUAAAUGAUAAAUUCAUAAGAACUGAAUCGGAAAUGGAGCGGGUCAUUAUGAAAAGGUAUUUAGGGAUGAAAGAACCAACCAAAGUGGAAUUCUACAGAGAUCACAUUUUCAAUCACAUUUCAGAGUUCCUUCCGAAGCAAAAAGUUGUUUCAGCCAUUCUGCAUGACGUACAGCAUUUAAUUAAAGAGGAUCUCUCUCUCAAGUCUUCAUUCUCCUCUGCACCAUUUGUUCUGGCAGGCAAUGGAUCUUGGCAACAACCAUCUAGGCUUUAUGAUCCUCGGGUUCCUCACCUCAAAAAGAUGCUGCAUGGGAAUGUUUUCUUUCCUUCUGACAAAUUCUUAGAUCCUGAAAUUUUGGAUUCUUUAGUUUGCCUUGGACUUAGGACAACUCUGGGAUUUACUGGUUUGCUUGAUUGUGCUAGAUCAGUCAGCCUCUUGCAUGAUUCUGGGGACACUGUUGCCUCCAAGCAUGGUGGACAGUUACUGGAUCUUUUAGAUGCACUAGCAUUUAAGCUCUCAAAUAAAGGAGAAAGUAAUAAUGAUGAUCAACAGGGUGGUGUGGCUGUGGGAAGUAGCAGCAUAAUGGAUGAUGCUUUUGUAUAUGAUGGCUUUCCUAAAGAUGAGACCUCCCUAACUGAUAUUGAUUCAUUUUUAAGCAGCUCAACUUGUGAUAUGGUAGAAGAAGAAUUUUGGUCUGAAUUGAAGUUAAUCUCUUGGUGUCCAGUAAUUUCUGAUCCACCUGUUAGGGGACUUCCAUGGUUAAAAUCCAAUAACCAAGUAGUAGCAUCCCCCACUAGUGUGAGGCCUAAAUCACAGAUGUGGAUGGUAUCUUCUUCAAUGUUCAUUUUAGAUGGUGAAUGUGACACAACGUAUCUACAAACUAAAGUUGGGUGGAUGGAUUGCCCAAAUGUUGAUGUUUUAACAAGACAGUUAUUUGAGCUAUCUAAGUCCUAUCAACAGCAUAAGAUACAUUCACUGCUGGAUCCUGGUUUUGAUGCUCAGUUGCAAAAGGAAAUACCUUGCCUUUAUUCAAAAUUGCAAGAAUACAUUAAUACUGAUGAUUUCAAUAAACUGAAAACAGGGUUGGAUGGUGUUUCAUGGGUUUGGAUUGGUGAUGAUUUUGUAUCACCAAAUGCACUUGCAUUUGAUUCACCUGUAAAAUUUACGCCUUAUUUGUAUGUUGUUCCAUCUGAACUGUCAGAGUAUAAAGAUUUGUUGAUAAAGUUAGGUGUUAGAUUGAGUUUUGGUAUUUCAGACUAUCUUCAUGUAUUACAAAGGUUGCAGAAUGAUGUGCAUGGGAUUCCUCUGUCUACUGAUCAGUUAAAUUUUGUCCAUCGUGUCCUUGAAGCCAUAGCAGAAUGUUGCCUGGAGAAGCCACUCUUUGAGCCUUUUGAUAAUCCCUUGUUGAUUCCUAAUGAUUUUGGAGUUCUGAUGCAAGCAGGUGAUCUUGUAUAUAAUGAUGCGCCUUGGUUGGAAAACAGCUCUCUUAUUGGGAGACAUUUUGUGCAUCCAAUUAUAAGCAAUGAUUUGGCAGACAAGCUGGGAGUUCAGUCAGUUCGAUGCCUCUCUUUAGUCGGUGAUGAUUUGACCAAAGAUCUGCCAUGCAUGGACUACAAUAAAGUAAAUGAACUUUUGGCCCAGUAUGGAGACAGUGAGUUUUUACUGUUUGACCUUCUUGAGUUGGCAGAUUGCUGCAAAGCCAAGAGAUUACACCUGAUUUAUGAUAAGAGGGAACAUCCUCGCCAAUCCUUGCUGCAGCACAAUUUAGGUGACUUCCAAGGGCCUGCCCUUGUAGCAAUCUUCGAAGGUGCCUGCUUGAGUCGAGAGGAAUUUAGUAAUUUCCAGCUCCGUCCUCCAUGGCGAUUACGCGGCAACACAAUUAACUAUGGUUUGGGAUUGGUUUGCUGCUAUUCCAUAUGUGACCUUCUUUCAGUCAUUUCUGGUGGCUACUUUUAUAUGUUUGAUCCUCGUGGUUUGGUACUUGGUGUGCCUUCGACUAAUGCCCCAUCAGCAAAGAUGUUUUCUUUGAUAGGUACUGAUCUGACACAACGAUUUUGUGAUCAAUUUAGUCCAAUGCUCAUUGAUCGGAAUGACUUAUGGUCAUUAACUGAUUCUACCAUUAUUCGCAUGCCUCUGUCAUCUGAUUGCUUGAAGGUUGAACCUGGCCUUGGAUCAAACAGAAUAAAGCAUAUUACUGACAUAUUUAUGGAGCAUGGAUCUAGAGCACUCCUGUUUUUGAAGUCGGUUUUACAGGUAUCCAUAUCAACAUGGGAAGAAGGACAUUCUCACCCAAGCCAGAAUUUUUCAAUAAGCAUUGAUCCAUCAUCUUCUAUUUUGAGGAAUCCAUUCUCUGAAAAGAAAUGGAGAAAGUUUCAAUUAUCAAGAAUAUUUAGCAGCUCCAAUGCUGUGAUAAAGAUGCAUGUAAUUGAUGUGAAUUUAUAUUCAGAAGGAACUACAGUCAUUGAUAGAUGGCUUGUUGUACUCUGCCUGGGUUCUGGACAAACAAGAAAUAUGGCUCUUGAUAGGCGGUAUCUUGCGUACAACUUGACUCCUGUUGCCGGAAUAGCAGCACUUAUAUCCAGCAAUGGUCAUCAUGCCAAUGUUUACUCAAGGAGCUCAAUUAUGGCCCCUCUUCCUUUGUCUGGUUGUAUAAACAUGCCUAUUACUAUCUUAGGUUGUUUCCUUGUGUGUCACAAUAGAGGUCGUUAUCUCUUUAAAUACCAAGACAGAGGGGCUUCAGCCGAAGGACACUUUGAUGCUGGAAAUCAAUUAAUUGAAUCUUGGAACAGAGAGGUGAUGUCUUGUGUAUGUGAUUCCUAUGUUGAAAUGGUUUUGGAGAUUCAAAAGCUAAGAAGAGAUAUUCCAAGUUCUAUAAUUGAUUCUAGUGCCUGUUCUGCAAUCAGCCUCUCUUUGAAGGCCUAUGGAGAUAAAAUCUACUCCUUCUGGCCACAUUCUUGUGAGAGGCAUGUUCUGAGUGACCAACUUGGUAAUCACGAUAACAACCCUCCAAGUACAACGGCAGUUGUUCUUAAAGCUGACUGGGAAUGCCUUAAAGAUUGGGUAAUACAUCCAUUUUAUUCUCGUAUUGUUGACCUUCCAGUAUGGCAGCUGUACUCAGGAAAUUUGGUCAAGGCUGAAGAAGGCAUGUUUCUUUCACAGCCAGGGAGUGGGUUGAUUGGUAAUUUACUUCCAGCUACAGUUUGCAGCUUUGUAAAGGAGCAUUAUCCUGUAUUUUCAGUACCGUGGGAAUUGGUGACUGAAAUCCAAGCUGUGGGUUUUUCAGUGCGAGAAAUUAGACCUAAAAUGGUUCGGGAUCUCCUAAAAGUUCCUUCAAAACCAAUUGCUCUGCGAUCAGUUGACUUGUAUAUAGAUGUUCUUGAAUAUUGCUUGUCUGAUUUUCAGCAAGCAGAGUCAUCCAGCUCAGCCAGAGAUAGUGAUCCUGCUAGUACCAAUGUUUUUCAAGAAACUGUUAACAACGGAAUCACUUCUUCUCAGCUGGGGUCUAAUAUCCACAGCUCCACUGGAAUGGCCACUCGGGGAUCAGCCAGUUCUGGAGAUGCAUUGGAAAUGAUGACAAGUUUGGGGAAGGCUUUAUUUGAUUUUGGUCGGGGUGUUGUUGAAGAUAUGGGUAGAGCAGGAACACCCGUGGCUUACAAUGCGACAGGCAUAGAUCCAAUUCGGGACCAGAAGUUCAUAUCAAUUGCUGCAGAACUCAAAGGAUUACCAUUUCCAACUGCAACUAGCCAUUUAAAAAAAUUGGGCUUUGCUGAACUUUGGAUUGGGAAUAAAGAGCAACAGUCAUUAAUGGUUCCCUUGAGAGAAAAAUUUAUUCAUCCUAAAAUUUUAGACAGGCCUCUCUUAGGUGACAUUUUUUCUAAUUUUUCCCUUCAAUCAAUAUUGAAAUUGCGGAACUUUUCUCUUAAUCUACUGGCCAAUCAUAUGAAACUAAUUUUCCAUGAAGAUUGGGUGAACCAUGUAAUGGGAUCAAAUAUGGCUCCAUGGCUUUCAUGGGAGAAACUUCCUAGUUCAGGCAGUCAAGGAGGUCCUUCCCCUGAAUGGAUUAGAAUAUUCUGGAAAAGUUUUAGGGGCUCACAAGAAGAAUUAUCCCUUUUCUCUGAUUGGCCCCUAAUUCCUGCUUUUCUUGGUAGGCCAGUCUUGUGCUGUGUAAGAGAACGACAUCUGGUAUUCAUUCCUCCUCCUCUUUUGGAACACCCAACAUCAACAAGUGGGAUUUCAGAGAGAGAAUCUGCUGAAAGUUAUGUGAGUGGGGUUAGGGUGUCAAGGGAUAAUACUUCUGAAGCUGAGUUGGCUGAGUCCUACAUUUCCGCUUUUGCAAGAUUCAAAACCAGUUAUCCCUGGUUGUUGCCUAUGUUAAACCAGUGUAACAUACCCAUAUUUGAUGAGGCAUUUAUAGACUGUGCUGCUUCAAACAGUUGUUUUUCUAUGCCUGGUCAAUCACUUGGCCAUGUUAUUGCAUCCAAACUAGUGGGAGCUAAGCAAGCUGGGUAUUUUAUUGAACCUACUAAUCUCUCAACUUCAAAUUGUGAUGCACUUUUUUCACUUUUUUCUGAUGAAUUCUUCUCCAAUGACUUUUACUAUGCACAAGAAGAAAUUGAAGUUUUACGUUCUCUCCCUAUAUAUAAAACAGUUGUUGGUUCUUAUACUAAGUUGCAAGGUCAAGAUCAGUGUAUGAUUCCUUCAAAUUCAUUUUUAAAACCAUAUGAUGAACAUUGUCUUUCUUAUGCCACUGAUUCAAAUGAAAGUUCAUUUCUUCGAGCUCUUGGAGUGUUGGAGUUGCAUGAUCAACAGAUCUUAGUACGCUUUGGCUUGCCUGGCUUUGAGGGGAAACCUCAGAAUGAACAGGAGGAAAUAUUAAUUUACAUUUUUAAAAAUUGGCAUGAUCUUCAAUCAGAUCAAUCUGUGGUUGAAGCUUUGAAAGGGACCGCAUUUGUUAGAAAUUCUGAUGAGUUUUCAACAGAUAUGUUGAAGCCCAUGGAUUUAUUUGAUCCUGUUGAUGCUAUAUUAAUUUCUAUAUUCUUUGGUGAGAGAAGAAAAUUUCCUGGAGAAAGGUUCAGUACAGAUGGGUGGCUUCGAAUACUAAGGAAGCUUGGGCUUCGAACUGCUACUGAAGUAGAUGUAAUAAUUGAAUGUGCCAAAAGAGUUGAGUUUCUUGGAAUUGAGUGCAUGAAAUCAGGAGAUUUGGAUGAUUUUGAGGCAGACACAAUCAACACUCGUUCUGAAGUUUCACCAGAAGUGUGGGCAUUAGGAGGAUCUGUAGUUGAGUUUGUUUUCUCCAACUUUGCUCUUUUCUUUAGCAACAACUUCUGUGAUCUUCUUGGCAAGAUUGCUUGUGUACCUGCUGAACUGGGGUUUCCUAGUGUUGAUUGCAAGAGGGUGCUUGCUUCAUAUAAUGAAGCUAUUUUGUCUAAAGAUUGGCCUCUAGCAUGGAGUUGUGCUCCCAUUCUAUCCAAACAACACACUGUUCCUCCAGAGUAUUCAUGGGGACCUCUGCAUCUACGGAGUCCUCCUCCUUUCUGUACAGUUUUGAAGCACUUGCAAGUAAUUGGGAGAAAUGGAGGGGAAGAUACUCUUGCUCAUUGGCCUAUUGCUUCAGGAAUGAACAUCGAGGAAUGUACCUGCGAGAUUUUGAAAUAUUUAGACAAAGUUUGGGGUUCACUUUCUUCAUCAGAUGUGGCAGAGCUAUGCAAAGUGGCCUUUCUGCCUGUUGCAAACGGAACGCGCCUUGUGGCUGCUGAUGCUCUUUUUGCUCGUUUGAUGAUUAAUUUGUCUCCAUUUGCUUUUGAACUUCCUACUGUAUAUCUCCCAUUUGUAAAGAUUCUUAAAGAUUUGGGACUUCAGGACAUGCUAACACUUUCUGCUGCAAAGGGUCUUCUAUUAAAUCUUCAGAAUGCUUGUGGAUAUCAGCGACUAAAUCCCAAUGAGCUCCGUGCAGUGAUGGAAAUUUUGAAUUUCAUUUGUGAUCAGAUUGUGGAGCAGAACACAUUACAUGGGUCAAACUGGAAAUCAGAAGCCAUAGUUCCUGAUAAUGGCUGCAGACUUGUUCAUUCAGCAUCCUGUGUCUAUGUUGAUUCUUAUGGUUCUCGAUAUGUCAAAUGUAUUGAUACUUCCAGAAUUAGAUUUGUCCAUGCAGAUCUUCCAGAGAGAGUCUGUAUUGUGCUCGGCAUAAAAAAGUUGUCCGACGUUGUCAUAGAGGAACUGGAUGAGAAUCACACACUACAGACUUUAGGUUCUCUGGGGUCUGUUUUACUAGUGACCAUCAAACAGAAGUUAUCAAGCAAGUCUCUUCAAACUGCUGUCUGGAGUGUUGUUAAUAGCAUGAGCAGCUACAUUCCAGCAUUCAAUAGCUUUUCAUUGGAUACAAUAGAAUUCUUAUUGAACUCUACUGCAGAAAAGCUGCAAUUUGUCAAGUGUCUUAAAACAAAAUUUCUGCUCUUGCCCAAUUUAGUAGUUGUUACACGUGCAGGCAAAGAUUUCAUCAUCCCAGAGUGGAAGAAUGAUUCGGCACAUCAAACACUUUAUUUUAUGAACCAAUCAAGAUCCCGUAUUCUAGUUGCUGAGCCACCAACUUAUAUUUCCCUUUUUGAUCUCAUUGCUAUUAUAGUCAGCCAGGUAUUAGGCUCUCCUAUCAUAUUGCCUAUUGGGUCCUUAUUUGGUUGUCCUGAAGGAUCUGAGAUUGCAGUUGUUAAUGUUUUGAAACUUUGCUCUGAUAAGAAAGAAGUUGAACCCGUUAAUGGGAGCAGCAAUAUGGUUGGCAAGGAAAUAUUGCCACAAGAUGCACGUCUUGUGCAGUUCCAUCCAUUGAGGCCCUUUUAUUCUGGCGAAAUAGUGGCUUGGCGGCCUCAACAUGGUGAAAAACUGAAAUACGGUAAGGUUUCUGAAGAUGUAAGACCAUCUGCAGGUCAAGCUCUGUACAGACUUAAAAUUGAAGUUUCUCCGGGGGAUACACAAAGUUUCCUUUCAUCACAUGUAUUUUCAUUUAAAAGUGUAUCAGCAAGCAGUCCCCUAAAAGAAUCAUUGGUGCAUGAAAGCCCUGUAUUAGGCAGUAACAGGCCCCAUGUUGAUUUCCCAGAGAGCUCAGGAAGGGGAGAAAGCUACGCUAAGGUGCAGCCUGUGAGAGAUCAGUCUGGCAAAGUUUCAGCUGCAGAACUGGUGCAGGCUGUCAAUGAAAUCCUCUCUGCUGCUGGGAUCAAAAUGGACGUGGAAAAGCAGGCUCUACUUCAAAGAACAGUAAAUUUGCAAGAAAAUCUGAAAGAGUCUCAGGCAGCUCUUGUGUUGGAGCAGGAAAGGGUUCAAAAGGCUACAAAAGAGGCUGAUACAGCAAAAGCAGCAUGGAUUUGUCGGGUUUGUCUGAGUUCUGAAGUUGAUAUAACAAUAGUUCCUUGUGGUCAUGUAUUGUGUCGUAGAUGUUCUUCUGCAGUGUCAAGGUGUCCCUUUUGUCGGCUUCAGGUUACAAAAGCUAUCAGAAUUUUUCGUCCAUAAUAUCUCCAAUGCUUUUAUGAUCAUUUUAUUUGGACAUUCUCAGUUCCAUUCGCCAAUAUAGGCUAACUGAAGUUGGCAAAUAUUAAUUGGCUACAUUGAAUUCUGACGUGAGUAUCAUGUUUUUGUAAUUAAGCCCCAAAAAUGGGUACUGUUGAAAUUUUCAUGUAAAUAGGCCUCAAUGGAAAAAAAAAGGUUUGGUAAAUUAGCCUAUACCUUUCAGUAGUUUCA